AUGUAUACUAAAGUAUCACCAGCAAGUACUACUACUACUACCACUAUAUUCACAAUGCAUGACUCCAAUAAUACUUGGAAACAAGAAUACGACCCAAUAUUACAACAAUAUUAUUAUGUCAAUUUACUGGAUAAUUCCAUAUCAUUUGAUUCUCCUUGUGAAGUGAUUAAUCAUAAAAAGAGUACUACUAGUACUAAUACUAGUAUUAGCAAAUCAUUCUUUAUGCCAUUUAAAAGAUCUUCAAGUUAUACCAGUGAAAAAGAUUCCAAAAAACAAUGUAAAUUUACCAUAAACAAAUCUACUGCCACCACAGCUACAUCUACAUCUACAUCUACAACUGACAAUAAAAAAGGAUCAAAUUAUUCUCUUUAUCGUUGUCUCAGUUCUGCAUUAUCAUUAAAGAAAACUAAAUCAAAUGAAUCCACUAAUUCUUCAACUACAAAUACCAAUUCUCAAUCAAUGAGUAGUGAUACAUUAAAUGAAUCUACAACAAUAAUAACACCCACGGCAACACCAAGUGCUAGUAUGACUACGGAUAUAUCAGAAAUAAUUGAUCAAAAUACUCUUUUGGACGUUGAUGCUCAUAUAGAUGAUGAUUAUUUAUUGAAUAAUAAUAAAUUAAAUAAUUUUAAAAAUUUUGCUGGUACUAAUCAUAUGAGGAGGAAUUCAAAUGAUUCUUAUGAUAGUGAAGAACCAGAAUCAGAAUCAGAAGAUGGAUAUGAAGAAGAUAUACAAAUAUUUGAUUAUAAUUAUAUAUAUAAUCCUCAAGAUAAUUAUCAGAAUCCUAGAAUUGGAGGGUUUUACAAUUUUGAUUAUGAAGAAGAACAAGAGGAAGAUGACGAUAUUGAAAGAGAGAAUGAAAGAAGAGAAUUAAGAUUACAAAUGUUGAAAGAAUUGUAUUAA